UGAACAGGAGAUUUGAACUAUUACGCGGAUGUUUAAUUUCGCUAUCUCUAGACAUGACCCUGAGCAAUAUAAAUUGACCACCGCGCCACCAAUCGUCUCCACAAAAUUCAUCCACGGCGCGCGCCACACGUCCUCCGAAGCUCCCGCGAAAAAAGAUGGCGUUCUCCAAGCUCCUGAUCGCUCUGUUCUUCGUCUUCGCCAUCGUGGCCACGACACUGCAGCCGUCUGAUGCCAGGCUCCAAGGAUUCGAGGACGAGGCCGAGCAAACCAAAGCCGCCACCACUGCCGAUGGAGGCUCCCAGGGACGUCCAUCGUUCCCCGGCCUGCCGCUGCCCCAGAUCCCUGGCUUCACGCUGCCAUUGCCACAGAUUCCUGGCUUCCCUAACUUUCCACCGUUAUUCCGCUUCCCUUUCCCGCCGUUGUUCGGGCCACGCCCCAGCGCGCCGGGCGCUCCGCCAUCUCGACCAUUGCCUAACUUGCCACACUUUCCACCAAUCGCUGGCUCGCCAGGCGCUCCGCCGUUUCACUUGCCCGGUCUGCCAACAACACCGGCGCCGCCGCCACCGGCUGAGUGCCUAACGCCGUUGACGGGUAUGGCGAUGUGCAUGGACUACCUCACCAACCUUACGGUGACGACGCCCCCGAGCGGGUGCUGCGACGGUCUCAAGUCCGUCAUUGCAAAGGCGCCGAUCUGCCUCUGCCACGGCAUGAACGGCGGCAUGAGUAAACUCGCCCCCAAGCCCAUCGAUCCGAUCCGUAUGCUUAUCCUUCCGGCAAGAUGCGGCACCAUGAUACCGAUUCAGACGUUUUUCUCGUGCGCAACUACACCCCUGCCCCCACUAAAGCCUCCUACCUCCCCAGCGGCCCCAACGCCUCCUACCUCCCCGGCGUCUCCUACUUCUCCUGUGUCACCGCCGUCAGCACCAGCUGUGCCACCAUUGACGCAUCCCAGCUCCCCAGCGCCGGCUAGCCCUCCCGUGUAACCAUAUUCAGAGUUAUCACCAUCGAAUAGAAGCAAUAGCGUCGUCGAUUGUUUCGUCAAGAUUAGCUGCAGAUUUAGCAUACGUCUUCUUUUGUUUUCUUUUUUUGAGAGGAUACGUCUUGUUAGUUUGAAGAUAGUAUCAGAGAUAUCCCUAGGAAUUGGAAGUCAUUGUAGCAGUGCCACUUAUAAUAUGCAAUUUGGUAAAAUUUCCAUUGCAUGAUGUAAUUAAUCGUCAAUGGGUUAUAAAUUAAGUCCCUUAAUGA